AUGGAUAGCAACGCCUCGGAGCUGAAGUCCACUGCUGACACCCUUCUUCUAAAUAAUGAUACCUUUUACGGGUAUCAAUGGACUUGUUUCUCUUCUCCUCAAGAUGGACCGCUUCGCUCGCGGGCCGAACUGUUUUUGGCAUCCGUGAAUUGGCUUGCACUCCUAGGUUACGCAUCUAACAAGCGGAAUGGAAUCACCUGCAAGCUACUCCCCGAUAUUGGCCUUGGUACAAUCAACCACAUGGUUCGAAUUGUCGAAUUUGCAGAUAAAUCCCGAUGGGUGGCGCGACUCCGAAUGCCUCUCCUCGCAGAAUUCUGUUCCUGUGAAGAUGUUUUAAAGGCGGAAAUAUGA